AUGCCGCAGAAUAAUUUCCAGCCAAUAUCUGGCACGGCUCCAUCUCGUCCUAUUGACCUGCAUGUCAUUUACGACAACCAAGCCUUCGGUUUAACACCCAAUGAGACCAACUUUGAUAACUCAGGAGAUUCAUAUCCCGCUGAAUUCAUUCCACCGUCGACGUUCACUUACACUGGUCUUAAUUACAAUUUCCCCAAAUACAAUUCUUCAGGAUAUGACAACGCCAUAGCAGCAGGCCAAACAGUAUACAUACCACGAGGGCGCUAUCUAAGUGUGCACAUGCUUGCCGCCUCGGAAAAUGGCCUGGCCCAAGGAACACUCAACGCAACCUUCUCCGACAACAGCACAAGCUCAAGUGCCGUCCUCGUGCCCGCAUGGUGGUCCUGGCCCUAUCCAACGGGAGGCGACCUCGUCUUCCCUUACCGACUGACGAACGAAAGUGUGGACUGGAAUCGCAGUAACAUCUUCCAGACGAGGAAUUGGCUGGAUAGCUCCAAGGAACUAACCUCCUUGACAUUGCCGAACGUAACGGGCGGGUCUGCAACGGAUCCUGGAGGCGCGGCUAUCUCGUCUCGGUUGCAUAUCUUUGCGCUGACGCUGGUGCCGGUGGUGAGUGAUGCCAAAGGACCGGUUUUGAGCGUGCAGUAUGCCAGGUCGACGCAGAAGUGGGUGGAAGGGAGCGACAAGAUCCAGAUUUUCGAAGUGACCGUGAACAACGUCGGUGCAGAAGACAUCCUGAAGGACCACGCAGUCGAAGUAAAGAUCGAUUCGGCCGGGGUUGAGACCGUUACACCGGGAUACAUCAAGAGACUUCAUGCUGGUGAUCAAGUCCGGGUCAACAUAGGUGUCAAAAACAAAGAUGGAGUCAAUUCCGGCACAAGUGGCCCCGCGACGGUCACUGUAUCAGGGAAAGGGCUGAACUGUUCAGACUACACUUUCAACGCCACGUUUGGCUUCAAGAAGUACGAGCCAACGUACGAGUCAGUCUACACGCACGACUCACCUGACUGGUACAACGACCUCAAGUACGGCAUCUUCAUCCACUGGGGUCCCUACGCCGUUCCAGCAUGGGGAAACGUGGGGAAAAACGAAUCAUAUGCCGAGUGGUACUGGUGGAGUCUCAACAGCGGGCCAGGCGACAAAUCCCAGACCUACGAAUACCAUCUCUCCCACUACGGCCCAAACAUCGUCUACGACGACUUCAUCCAGAACUUCACCGCCUCCGCAUUCAACCCCAAAGACUGGGUCGAUCUCUUUGCCGAUGCCGGGGCGAACUAUUUCGUGCAGGUCAGCAAGCAUCACGACGGGUAUGCAAUCUUCGAUCUGCCCGCGAAUGUCUCGAAGCGGACGUCGGUCGCGCAGUUCCCGCACCGCAACCUCCUCCAGGAACUCUUCGACGCCGCGGAAACGCACCAGCCGCACCUCCACAAGGCCACAUACUACUCUCUCCCCGAGUGGUUCCAUCCCGACUAUCGGCGCUACGGCUUCGCCAGCUGGCCCGGCGGCAACGCCACGAACCCCUUCACCAACGCGACGCUGCCCUACGCGGGCUACGUCCCCGUGGCCGACUACGUGUCCGACCUGGUGCUCCCUGAGAUGGAGACGCUGGCCGCCAUGGGCGUCGAGAUCAUGUGGUGCGACAUCGGCGGGCCCAACCGCACCGCCGAGUUUGCAGCAUCAUGGUUCAACGCGCUCGCCGUGCAGAACAAGCAGGCCCUCAUGAACGCGCGGUGCGGCCUGCCGGGCGACUUUGACACGCCCGAGUACGCGCGCUACGCCGCGGUGCAGCCGCGCAAGUGGGAGACGAACCAAGGCAUGGAUCCGUAUUCGUACGGGUACAAUGCUGCUACGCCGCUCUCCGCGUACAUGAAUGCGUCCGCCGUCGUGACGUCGCUCGUCGAUAUCGUCUCCAAGAACGGCAAUUUCCUGCUCGAUGUUGGGCCUACGGCGGACGGGACUAUCAUCGACGUCGAGCAGAAGACGCUCCGGGAGGCGGGGGCGUGGAUCAAAAGCCAUGGCGAGGCCAUCUUCAACACGAUUUAUUGGAGCGUCACGCCCCAGGAGGGCUCGGAUGUGCGGUUUACCACGAGCUUGGACGCGUUUUAUAUCUUGGUGUUGAGUAAGCCGAAUGCGACGCUGGUGUUGGACAGCCCGGUGCCGUGGGUUGACGGCGACGAGGUGACGGUCGUAGGAGGUGCUAAGGCUGGUACGGUUGUUCCGAGCCAGAAGAGCGGCAAUGGGAGCGUUGUGCUCGAGGUAAGCGACGAGGUCGCCGCGGCGGAUGAGUACGCUUGGGUGUUUAAGAUCGCGUACUAG